GGAGGACCGCAGCCCAUGAGCGCUGCAGGUCUGUGUGAGUGGCAGCGGCGCUGGCCAAUUGGGGCGGGUCUCGGCGCUAGGCGAGCAGCGGGGCAAGAUGGCGGCGCCCGCGGCGGCCUCGGUGUACGAGCAAAUGAAGGUAUCGGGCGGGACCAUCACACCCAGAUAGGGGGCGUCGGGCCGGAACAUUGUACCAGCGGGAGAGGGUCGGGCCGGGCCGGGCCAUCGCACCUAAAGAGCUGCGCUGCCCCCUGCUGGACGGAGUUUUCCUGCCCGAGCCCGGGGCCGCCCUGCGGCUGCUCUGCGCCCCCUCGGCCCAGCGCCUGGAGCUGCUGGCCUGGCUCUGCGCCCGAGCGAACCCCCCCCCUCCGAGAGCAAUUUGCUACCCUCAAGGACUCGCAGACGGAGGAGAAAACUCAAGAAAUGGCCAAACUGGGCUCCAACCUGCUGCUGUGUCGAUCGGACGACCUGGAUCUCAUUAAGGGGGAGGCCAGUGACGAGCGGCAGCUCCGGUUCAUGGAGCAGCUGCUGGACGUGAUCCGGUACCUGGACGCCAUCACUGGGACGUGUUCCGGGGACUCAACCACCUCCAGCGCGGAAGAGUCUCUCCGGGGGGCCGCAAGGAAGAACGAGGAGUUCCUGCGCGAGGUCUUCUCCAGCCCCAGCCUACCGGCACUGCUGGCCCCCGCCCUGCCCUCCUGCACCGCCGACAUCAAGCCCCUUCUGCUAGAGGAGCCGGCCCCACACGUGAGGACCCAGCUGUCUGUGAGAUCCAGUGGGAAGACGCUGGCUGAGCUCUCCAGGACCUUGGAGGAGGCCAACGCCGCACUGGAGCGGCUGAGAGCAGAGAGCUCCUCCCUGCGGGGGGGCGCGGAGCCCCUGAGCCCCGGCAUGGCCCUGCAGACCCUGGCACUGGCAGCCUGCGACUCGCACCAGUUGAUGGCGGCCUUCGGGCAGGUGUAUGAGACGGAGCUGCGGGAACACUGUGGCCGUGGCCCCGCCCCAAGGCUCAGCCCCUGCGGGCCCCUGGCCCAGCACCUGCAGGGCACACUCACCCUCUGCACCCAGGAGCUGCAGGCGCUGGCCCAGCUGAACGACACCUCGGAGCAGGUGGUGCAGACAGCGGAGUGGAGACGCAGCAAGGGCAGCAACCCCACAGCGACGCUGCCCGUGAAGAUGGAGGAGCUGCGCCGGCGCUACCAGGCCUGCCUGGCUGCUGCUGGGGAGCUGCCGGGGUGACCCCAGGGCCAGGGGAGGGGAGAAGGGUUGGGGACUCCAGGGCCCUCAUCUCACAAGGGAGCUGCUGACCCACUGUUCCUGGGAUAAUAAAAGAUUUGUUAAUUAUUAA